AUGAAGGCCUCAUACGCACUCAGCCUCCUUGCCCUCGUGACCCUCGCCUUGGCACACCCGAAUCCUCUCCCUGCUUCUGACUCUCCAGAGAGGACUCAGAAGUGCUGCCCCCCUGACUCGGACGGUAAAUGUGCGGAUGGUACUCUUGGAACCCCAUCUUGUGCAUAUGGACAAUGCAACAUCUUCAAUUGCAAUUGCGAGGGCGGCUGCCGUAGCGCAUAG